UAUCACAUUCAGUGAACAGCAUUCGCUCCUUAUAGAAACAUCGACACUUCAUUCUGAUCUCCGAUCUUCCUUUUCGACUGAGGCAAAGAUGGCAGGUAUCCGAGCUCUGGGUGUCCUUUCCAGGCUUACUUCAAGGAGACGCUGCCUUCUUGCAGGCCAAGGAUGCCGGAAUAUCACAAGUUCGUCUGCCUUAUAUGCUCGCACCCAUGUCAACUAUGAAGUCAAAGAUGAUGUGGCAGUCGUACGGAUAAAUGACCCCAAUUCCAAGGUCAAUACGCUGUCCAUCCAGAUGCAGGCCGAAAUGACUGACGUGAUGAACGAAAUCUGGGCCAAUGAAGCCAUCAGAGGCGCCGUCCUCAUUUCCUCCAAACCUGGCUGCUUCAUUGCGGGGGCUGACAUCAACAUGAUCGAAGCCUGUAAGACCACAGAAGAUGUGACGAAGCUCUCCCAGGAAGGACAGAAGAUGUUCAACAAAAUAGAAAAUUCCAAAAAGCCGGUUGUCGCUGCCAUCAAUGGCUCGUGUUUGGGUGGGGGCCUGGAGUUCGCCCUCGCCUGCCAGUACAGGAUAGCAACCAACAGCAAGAAGACCAUCCUGGGCACCCCUGAAGUCAUGCUUGGCCUGCUGCCAGGGGCUGGUGGAACCCAGAGGCUGCCCAAGAUGGUUGGACUUCCAAACGCCUUGGACAUGAUGCUGACUGGAAGAAACAUUCGAGCAGACAAAGCGAAGAAGAUGGGACUCGUACAUCAGCUAGUGGAUCCACUGGGUCCUGGUCUUAAGGAUCCAGAGCAGAGAACAAUAGAGUACCUGGAGGAAGUGGCCGUCGAAUUUGCUAAAGGGAUCGCCAAUAAGAAAAUCCCACUCGCCAAGCCUAAGGGUCUGAUGCAGAAAUUACAAGAUUACAUCAUGGGAAUUGAAUUUGUACGCAAGCAGAUUUACAACACGGCGAGUAAAAAGGUUAUGAAGCUGACCAAAGGGCUUUAUCCUGCGCCUCUGAAAAUCAUUGAGUGUGUUCAAGCUGGAUUAGACAAAGGACCGGACGCUGGGUACUUACUGGAAUCACAAAAUUUUGGUAAAUUAGCAAUGACCACGGAAUCCAAAGCUCUGAUUGGUCUGUAUCACGGCCAAGUGGCAUGCAAGAAAAAUCGGUUUGGGACUCCUGAGAAAGAGGUUAAGACUCUGGCCAUCCUGGGAGCAGGUCUUAUGGGGGCAGGCAUCGCCCAGGUGACUGUGGACAAAGGCAUCUACACCAUCUUGAAGGACACUACGGAGGAGGGCCUGAAUCGAGGCCAACAGCAGGUCUACAAAGGCUUGAAUGACAAAACGAAGAAGACCAUUACGACGUUCCAGAGAGACACCGUACUCUCCAGUCUGAAGGGACAGCUGGACUACGGCGGGUUCGAAAACGCGGAUAUGGUCAUCGAAGCGGUUUUUGAAGACAUUCGCAUAAAGCACCAAGUCAUAAAAGAGAUAGAAGCUGUCAUUCCACCUCAUUGCGUUUUUGCGUCCAACACCUCCGCUCUCCCCAUCAAAGACAUUGCCUCCGCCAGCAGAAGACCAGAAAAGGUCAUAGGCAUGCACUACUUCUCCCCGGUGGACAAGAUGCAGCUGCUGGAGAUCAUAACUACUGACAAGACCUCAAAGGACACCACGGCAUCAGCAGUGGCAGUUGGCCUAAAGCAAGGCAAAGUCAUCAUAGUUGUUGGGGACGGGCCAGGAUUCUACACCACGCGAUGUCUGGCUCCCAUGUUGGCUGAGGCUGUAAGGGUGCUACAGGAGGGUGUGGAUCCUAAGAAACUGGACUCUCUCACGACGGGCUUUGGGUUUCCGGUGGGCGCGGCCACGCUGGCCGACGAGGUGGGCAUCGACGUGGCCGCGCAUGUGGCCGAGGACCUGGGCAAGGCUUUUGGCACGAGAUUUGGGGGUGGCAAUGUGGAGCUGCUGAAGACCAUGGUGGAGAAAGGCUUCAAGGGCCGUAAAUCUGGAAAGGGAUGCUAUGUUUACCAGGAAGGAACUAAGCACAGAGAGGUUAAUCCCGAGCUCGGAGGGAUCGUGGAAAAAUACAAAAUGGCACCCAACGCGGCAGUCUCGUCUGACAGUGACGUGCAGUACCGCCUGGUAUCCCGCUUCGUGAACGAGGCAGUGCUCUGUCUGCAGGAGGACAUUCUCAGCAACCCCGUGGAGGGAGACAUUGGGGCUGUUUUUGGCCUGGGCUUCCCCCCCUGCCUUGGAGGUCCUUUCCGCUACAUAGACACAUUUGGGGCAGCCGGGUUGGUGGAGAAGAUGAGGAAGUUUGAAGGCGUUUAUGGAAAUCAGUUCACUCCAUGUCAACUGCUGCUUGAUCACGCCAAGGAUUCCAGCAAGAAGUUCCACAAGUAACUGAAGAAGUUGCCAACAAGUGCUCUUACUGCCUCAUUAAACAGGAGUGACUGAUUUAGUUUUAAUCAUCAGUCACUUACUUGUAACAUGAGGACACUUAUUCAGCGUUAGAAAAAAGAAAAUCAGGUGUCCUGGUUCUUGAGAUGCCUAACUGUAUGUAUAUUGAUUUUUUUGUGGUCAGUCCAGGGUUUCAUAGAAUCCCCUGCAUUUUUUGUAUGUAGUCUAAUAAACAGAAACAUAACAGCUGCUUCUGGGUACAGAGUAUUUUGAUACAUUCAGUAAGGUUUGAGAUUUGACCUAUCGAUCGCAUCGGCACUGAGGUAUGAAUGACUCAUCUAACAAUAUGGAAUGUGAAAUAAAGAGCAAAAAAUCUCA